AUGUAAUUAUACAAAUAAGAAUUCUGUCGAUUUCAACUUGCAAGUAUUAAGAUGAUAAUAUUUUAGUUGAUUUCACGGUCUAAUUAAUGAUAUAUCAAAAUUAUCAAUUACCAUAGAGCAGAGUAUUGCGAUAAAAAUUCAAAAGAUUUUGUUAUGCUGAAAAAAUUAGGCAAAUAAUUACAAAGAUUUCAGUUAAGAACCAAUAAUGA